CCAACCACACUCCAUCUUUCUCCGUCCCCAAAACCCUUGGAUACCUCGCCGGCUCUCCUCCCUUCUCUUCCGAGAUCUCGCCGCCGAUGAGCCGCCGGCAGCGAGCGCGCAUAGUGAGGGCGGUCGUCUUUCUCUUCUUCAUCAACGUUGCCUCCGUCAUCCUCUAUCUCAUCCUGCACCCCCGACCCUCUUCCCAUCAUCGCGGAGCCCUAACACUAGCCCCAACUCCGCCUUUCUCAUCUCUCAAGCCAUGGCCUUCUCUGCCUUCCUUUAUGCCAUGGCUUCCGCCUCCCAAGCCCCGUGCUCGCUCCUGCGAGGCCUUCUUCGGCCAUGGCUUCUCUCGCCGCCUUGACGUCCUCCCUAUCUUUCCCUCUGCUUCUGGGUGGCUCCGAUGCCACUACAGUGAGACGCUGAUGAGCUCGGUGUGCGAGGGCGGCGGGAUAAGGAUGGAUCCGGGGCGGAUUGAGAUGUCGAGGGGUGGGGAGGCAUUGAAGGAGGUGAUUGGAAGGACGGAAGAUCAGGAGUUGCCGAAGUUCGGUGCUGGUUCGUUUGAGAUCGAGAGGGACAUGCCCGCGGGUUCGAAGGCAGUGGAUGAGGCGUUCUUGGAGAAGUAUGUUCCAAGGGGGCACGUUUCAAUGCAUACUAUGCGGGCGUUGCUGGAUUCCAUUCGAGUGGUUGAGCCUGGGAAGCUGGAGUGCUCUCUGUGGAUUGAUGAGCCUACGGUUUUGGUUACACGAUUUGAGUAUGCAAAUCUUUUCCACACAGUUACUGAUUGGUAUAGUGCUUAUGUCAGUUCUCGGAUUACUGGUUUGCCAAACCGUCCUCAUUUGGUUUUUGUUGAUGGCCAUUGUAAGGCGCCACUUGAAGAAACCUGGGAAGCACUUUUUUCUACCGUUAGAUAUGCUAAAAACUUCUCUGGUCCAGUUUGUUUCCGUCAUGCAAUAAUCUCACCCUUGGGUUAUGAGACAGCCCUAUUCAAAGGUCUGACUGAAUCAAUAAACUGCCAGGGCACUACUGCAAACAUCCUUCGUGAACAUCCUGAUGAUAUGAGAACUGCUCGUUUAUCUGAGUUUGGAGAAAUGCUCAGAGCAUCUUUCGGUCUCCAUGGUGAUGGCAUGCAGACAAAACCAACCACGGGCCACAAUGUUCUUUUUGUGCGCCGAGAGGAUUAUUUGGCCCAUCCCCGACAUUCCGGAAAGGUAGAGUCUCGGUUAAGCAAUGAGCAGGAAGUAUUUGAUUCCAUUAGCAAGUGGGCAUCCCAUCACUCCAAAUGCAAAAUAAACAUGGUCAAUGGUUUGUUUGCCCACAUGCAAAUGAAAGAGCAGUUCCAAGCUAUUCAAGAAGCUUCAGUGAUUAUCGGAGCUCAUGGGGCUGGUCUCACUCACCUGGUCUCAGCAACACCAAACACCAUUGUGCUCGAGAUCAUCAGCAGCUUUUAUAGACGUCCGCAUUUUUCCUUAAUCUCUCAAUGGAAAGGGUUGGAGUAUCAUAUUAUUAAUCUUUCUGGAUCGCAUGCAGAGCCAGAUGAGGUUAUCGCGAAGCUCAGGGAGAUUAUGCGGAGCCUUGGUUGCUGAAGGAAUUUUGGUUUCUAUGACAUGAGAUAAAUUCAUCCUUAAGUUGCAACUGGAAUGUUAAGUUCUUCUGUGAAUCAUUACCCAAGUCACUUACUGCUUGUAUAGAGCAUAAAUCAGAAAUUCGGUGCAUUGAAGAACCGCUGCCACAUUCUCUAACCUUCAUGUUGCAUUAUAUUUAUCAAAUAUCAUGUUAGAUUUCUUAUUAUGUUUUAGAAAGAAAAAUCUCUGCAUUUUGUGAGGCCUCGAGUAAGUGAUCGAUUCGUUGGUCCUGAUAAGAGGUUGUUAAAAUUGUAUACUGGAAGAGCUGAAAAGAUACUGUGUGUGAUUAUUGGUAUGUUAAAGCAAAACUCUACUUGUGAAUGACUGAUUUUAACUUCA